GUCCUCACUUAUUUAGUUGUCCAUUUAUUUAGUUCAGAUUUAGUAAGAUGUAAGAUGCAGAACUCAAGCGAUCCGACCCGGGUGGGGCAGCGGGUGCACUUUGCUGGGCAGCCUAGAAGAGUCGGAACGGUGAGGUACGUGGGCCCCGUGGAGGGUUACGGCGGUGAUUGGGUGGGAGUCGAUUGGGAUGCCGACGGCCAAGGCAAGCACGACGGAUCGCACAAUGGAGUCAGAUACUUCACGGCGAGGGGCCUUCAUACGGCGUCGUUCGUGCGAUCUCACAAUCUCAGCUCCGGCGUCUCGCUCUUGGAAGCAUUCGAAACUCGCUAUCGAGCUCAAUCGACUAAAGAAGAAGAAGAUGAGAUGUAUGUCCUUUCUGCAAGAAACAAAAAGGUGACCGUUGAGCUUCUUGGGAAACACCAAAUCGAAGACAAAUUUAGUCGGUUUGAGGAGUUGACUAGUGCAUCCUUGUCUUAUUUGGGGGUCAGUUUUCCUGGACCUAGGGACAAGAUCAGUUCGACAUUACCUAAUCUUAAAGAGCUGGACUUGACUGGAAACCUACUUUCUGAUUGGAAUGAUAUCAGCAUCAUCUGUGAAGGAUUACCUGCUCUAACCGCACUUAAUCUAUCCAAUGAUUCCAUGUCACCUGUUAUACUUUGCAUGCCCCAACUAAGCAACAUUCGCAUUUUAGUCUUGAACCAAACUGGAGUCCUUUGGGAUCAGGUGGAAGCUCUAAAGGAUGCACUCCCACAAGUGGAAGAGCUACAUCUCAUGGGAAAUCAUAUCAGAAAAAUAACGCCAAUGUCUUCAGAUUUUGUCCAAGGUUUUGAUACCCUACGACUGCUUAACCUUGAUAACAAUUGUAUAUCAACGUGGGAUGAGAUCGUAAAAUUCUCCCAGAUACGCAGACUGGAGCAGCUCCUUUUGAACAACAAUAAUUUGAAUCGCAUCUCGUACCCUGAUUGUGGUAAACUGGAUCAACCAUCCAAUGAAUGUGGCAAUGGGUCUCAAGAAAGGAGUAGUAUACCUUUCAAGAGUUUGCGUAGCCUUUAUCUUGGGGGCAACAACAUUGAAGACCUGCCAUCUCUUGAUUCACUCAACUCAUUCCCUAACUUGAUGGAUAUUAGACUUUCUGGGAAUCCAGUUGCAGAUGUAGGGAAAGGUGGAGUUGCUAGAUUUGUCAUUAUUGCUCGUAUAGCAAAAAUGGAAUUGCAUAAUGGAAGUCAGGUUGGUCCUCGAGAACGAGAGGACUCUGAAAUUAGGUACGUUCGUUUGGUCAUGUCAAAGUGUAAUGGUGACCUGGAAGAAAUUAGGAGACUCCAUCCCAGGUUUUAUGAGCUUAAAAAGAUCCAUGGACUUGAUGAUGAAAGACCAACAACAGAGGCAUCGGGCCCUCAAAAGAUGGCUUCUGGAUUGAUUUCUAUUUCCUUAAAAUGUGUUGGAGCAUCGAUGGGCGAGAAGACCCCUCUUGUUAAAAAGCUGCCUUCUACUGCCACGGUUGGAAAGCUGAAGAACUUAUGCUUGAGUUUCUUCAAGUUAAAAUCCGUCAAGCCUAUACUUUUUCUUAAAGAAGAGGAUUCACUCUUACCUAUAUUGCUUGAAGAUGACAUGGCAACCCUUGUUGAGCUUGGGGUUGGCAACGAUUCCACCAUUCUUGUAGACGAGCUGCCCUAAUGUUCAUUUGAGCAAAUGAUCGACAAUCCAUUCUCAGAAUUGAGAAAGCAGUGGCUUCCUCAAAAGCAAUAGUUCUUUUUUGUUGCGACCCCACGAGUGAAAUUUAUUUUUCGAAGUUUUGCUCAUCCAACCAACUAUAGUAUGAUACUCUUCGUUUCCAUUAUCUAUAUAUACCUUCAACUUUAUCAUAAGAAUUCAAACGAUUGAGGUAUGCACGUACAUCUGAUGCUAUAUAUAGUGAAGUGCAAUGAUUUAACAAUAUUGAACAUUGGUUGAAUCAAAAGUCUUUUCUUUU